GAAAGCGCAGCUCGCUCCAGCAGCCAGAGCCGCCAGUGCAGCGCUGCUGCUCCCAGCAUGCACACAGAUAGCACGGAGCAGAGGAGGAACCUGGCUCUACACGCUUAACUCUGCACCUCAUCAUCACCACAUCUCCCCCUCUCUCUGCUCCUGGACGACCUCCUGGUGUUUUUUCUGCGCAUGAUGGAAAGCUGAAGCUGGAGCCCUGACAAUGCCCUUCAGCGCAGACAUGAUUUCCGAGCAGCACAAUCAUGUCGUUAGCACCAUCGAGACGGUUCCCUCAGACACAGCCACAGCCUCCCCGACGCUCCUGCACAGGCUGAGGAAAGUCUUUAACAGAGAACUCCUCCUCACUCUGGCUCUGGGCCAGGUCCUGUCGCUGCUCAUCUGCGGGAUUGGCCUGACCAGCAAGUACUUGGCUACUGAUUACCAUGCCAACACUCCAGUGUUCCAGAGCUUUCUGAACUACAUCCUGCUGUUCCUGGUCUACACCACCACGCUCGCAGUAAGACAAGGUGAGGAGAACUUACUGGCAAUCUUGAAAAGACGAUGGUGGAAGUACAUGAUCCUGGGGCUGAUCGAUAUUGAGGCCAACUACUUGGUCAUUAAAGCCUACCAGUACACUACACUUACCAGCGUUCAGCUCCUGGACUGCUUCGUCAUCCCAGUCGUUCUGCUGCUGUCCUGGUUCUUCCUGCUGGUGAGGUAUAAGGUGGUGCACUUUGUGGGCGUGGGCGUGUGCCUGCUGGGCAUGGGCUGCAUGGUGGGAGCCGACGUGCUGGUGGGACGACAACAGGGGCUUGGAGACCAUAAGCUGCUGGGGGACCUGCUGGUUCUGGCCGGCGCCACGCUGUAUGGCAUCUCUAACGUGUGUGAGGAGUUCAUUGUGAAGAACCUGAGCCGUGUAGAGUUCCUGGGCAUGAUGGGCCUCUUCGGCUCCUUCUUCAGUGGCAUCCAGCUAGCCAUAAUGGAGCACAAGGAGCUGCUGAAAGUGCAGUGGGACUGGCAGAUAGGACUUCUGUAUAUCGGCUUCAGCGCCUGCAUGUUCGGCCUGUACAGCUUCAUGCCUGUGGUCAUCAAAAGGACCAGCGCAACAGCGGUCAACCUCUCCCUGCUGACCGCUGAUCUCUACAGCCUCUUCUGUGGUUUGUUCCUGUUCCAGUACAAGUUUUCUGGGCUCUACCUGCUGUCCUUCUUCAUCAUUCUGCUCGGGCUGGUGCUCUACUCCUCAUCAUCUACCUACGUAGCGCAGGAUCCUCGCGUCUACAAACAGUUCCGCAACGCAGGAAACGCUGUUCCAGACAUGCCGAAUGUGGGGCCCUUGGAGCCCUCAGUGACCUACAGCAGCCUGGGCCAGGAGAUAGAGGACGAGCCUCGUGUUCGAGUGGCUUGAAGGGACGGAGCUUUACCAAUUCAAUCAUCCACUGCCCCUCCCACAGUCUGUAGAAAAUGAAUGAUGAUAAUCACUGAAUGAUGUAUAUAACCACGUAGCAAACAAGUACACUGUGAUCACAAACUGUGACUAGGUAGCAGUGAUCAAUGACUUUCUCAGAUCCACAUAUAGACAUGACCCCACCUCAUUCCCCCCAACCCCCUCGCAACAGUUUAAGUGUUUAGAAGGAUUUGUGCUGACUGUUUGUGCAAAAGCGCCAUUGUGAUUGUUUUAUUUUCUUAUAUGAGCACAAAAGAUUCAAUGUACUUGAGAUUUUUACAUGGAUUUUCUUGCUACUCUCAUGAAUAGUUUUUGCCUCUGACUUGUUUCUCUCAAUCUUGGUCUUCUGGAAAACAGCAAUUCUGAGUUAUGAUCAGUUACAUAUUGAUUUGUCAAGAGCCAGUGCCUUGCCAUGUAUAGCUAUUGUUGGUUAAAUAGAUCACUUUUACACCAAGUGUUGUCAAGAGGAUAUCUGUGCUAAAACAAAUGGAUAUGUUAGAGAUGGCCCGAUACCACUCGGAUACCACCGAGACCGAUAUUGAAACCUUGAGUAUCGGCCAAUAUCGAUCCAAUAUUUCUUCUUUAAAAACUACUAAAAUUUGCAAUUUUUUAAUUGAAGCACUUCACUUAAAGCUGCACUAUGUAAGAUUUCUGGUUAAAAUUGAAAGGUGUAGCAUUACUCAAUUGGAGAAAAAAAACACAUUAAAUAUCGUGUCUGUCCGCUGCUGCGAGUCGCCUUGUCAAGCGCAUCUAAAGCGCAUUUUAGAGCAUCUAAAGGAGACCACCAUGCUGUUUGCUGUUUCAGCCUAGAUUUGUUACAGGAUUGGAUUGAAUUCAAUAUUUCUUUUUUCCCUCCAAUAUCCUGUCCUGCAUUUUCUGCUGAUAUCAGCCCAGUGUUGCAGAUCGGUGCCAGCUCUAGAUAUUAUUCCUCUGAAGAACAAAAUGAAGACACACAAAACAUGAGACUCUUACAUCAGUUAUAUUUUAGCCAUUUAACUGUUUCUCCUUGGUUGUUAUCCUUUUAAGUAAGCAAAAUGAAUGUCUUAGGUUGGUUUUGUUUUCUUUUAAUUCAGUCAAGAAAAUAUACAACACUUUGUGUUAAUUAUUAAAUGUGUACUAGCAAUUGAUUGUAAAAUUGUAAAAAAAAAAAGAAAAAAAGAAAAAGAAAGACAAGAAAAGAAAAAAUAACUUUAAUGAACUUGUCUUUCCCAAGUUUUGUUUAGGUUGUUUCAU